AUGCAACUCCCACCCGAACUGAUUACACUAGUGGCGACUUUUCUCGACUUCAAGGACCUGUCUCGAUUAACAUGUGUCAACAAACACCUCUAUGAACUGCUGGCAACUGACAUCUGGAAAGACGUCUACUACUCUGCAGGCUACGUUCCCCCUCUACUAACAUGUGCGCCCCUGAUCCAGCAUGUUCAUUUCGACUCAGCAGUCACAACGAUGUUCUUCAACCGAAAAAACUUCCCAGCAAUCAAACAAUUUUCUGUAUCGUACUACGAGGAUAUAACUCCGUGGAUAGGGUUGCCUGUGGGCACUGUGUUUCGCAACUGGAGGCGGGAUCUGUAUCAGCAGUUCUACCCCCAGCUAGCCGAGUAUCUCAAGGCCCACGAAGUUACUCUUGCCAGCCUUUUGCUCUACGACCAGUCCUUUCUCUACUACUUCAUUGAGGCAGACAGUUGUCACAAAAUCGAGAGGUUACGAUUCGACACCAACUUCACCGACACAGUUCUGUACCAUGACAAGGUGUACCCUCCGAUAUUGCGACUAGCAAUUGUUGAGAAGUUCAUUCGCGCUGUAGAAGCUGCAGGGUGCAGACCUCCCUUUGAUCGUGAUCAAGGCAGCUUGUCAUUUUGGAACCAGAUUGAGGACAUUGAGAGAGGUCCUGAUGGUCCCAUCAUGCCACCGCUUCCAGCUGAUUUUGGAGACUUGUCUGGUGAACGGACUUAA